AGUAACAUGAAAUAUCAAUUUGUUACAAAUUGCGACAGAAUUGCGAGAUUGACGCAAACUGUGUAAUUUAGCAUAAAUGACCUCAAUUAAGCUUCUCUUGAACCUAAAUAAUGUUUAUCAUGCCUUGAUAAUCAUCCAAGCUUCGAUUUGCUUGUUGUAUGUUGUUUUCAACCCAGAUCUGCUCAAUAAGGCCAUUUAAAGCUUCACACAUCUUCUUAGCUUUAGCUCGCGUGACUGGACCUCCUUGGGUGUGUAAUGGAUCACAUGACGUGGUAGAUAUGCUGUUGUCUUGAUUCCCAUCACAUCUAUUUCAUUACCCAUAUUUGUACCUAUUUACCUAAUACUUAAUUUAUACUGGUUAGCAUGUUUAAUUAAAAAAAAAAAAAAGGAAUCAAAUAUUCACUUGCAAGGAUUGUAUCUCACAUUUUUCCUUAUCCACCAUUUUAGGUAAUGAUGCUGGAGACACUAGGGAUUAGGGUGUGUGAUAGUUUCUUGUUAGAUUCAAUUUGGACUUAGUUGAGACUUGAUUUGUUUUUUUGGACUUUUUUGUGAAUAUAGAAAGUUGGAGGAC